UUUCAACACUACUAUAUAACAAAUAAUUUGAGGUAGGAUGGCGUCGGAGACGAUGAUACAGAAUGCGAAGGCAUUCCUGCAGCAGGAGAGUCCGGACUCCAAGCUGAAUCUUUAUGAUCAUAUGUGCUCCGUGAUGCACAAAAUAUUGGAAAACAGAACCCCUAACUCAGUCGAUUUAUUAGAAGCUCUGUCAAAAGAAGUUAAAACCAACAAGUUUGCUCCUCCCUGCGACCCUUCUUCGUUGCAGGAUGUGCGACCGGCAUCACUUGAAGUUGAAUUAGCAAACGUCCAAAACAAGCUCUUCGAAAAGCCCAGUGAGGAUGCUGAACCAGAACCAGAGGAUGAAGUGGAAAUGCCACUCCCAGACCUGAUGGAUACAGCGCACUACUUCGAACAGGCUGGUCUUGGUCUCGGCAGAGAGGAAACUUUCAGAAUAUUCCUCGCACUCAAGAACUUGGUGGACACUCACACUCUUCAGUCUGUUAGAUUCUGGGGAAAGAUUCUUGGAACUGAGAAAAACUAUAUUGUGGCUGAGGUGGAAUACAGAGAGGGAGGGGAAGAGGAACAAGAAGGAGAAGAGGAGGAAGGAGAGGAGCCAAGAGAUGAGGAAGCAGAAGAACCUAAAGAGGGAGACGAAGACAAUCUGCCAACACCAGAUUACAAACCACCUCCAGUAAUCCCCAAGGAAGAGACCGGCACUGGUUGCAACAAAAAGACAUACUUUGUAUGCAAUGAGCCUGGAACAGAAUGGACGAAACUGCCUCCAGUAACUCCAGCCCAGAUCGUGUGUGCUCGACAAAUCAAGAAGUUCUUCACCGGUAAUUUGGAGGAGACUGUAAUCAGUUACCCUCCUUUCCCAGGAACCGAAAUCAACUAUCUCAGAGCACAGAUUGCCAGAAUUAGUGCCGGAACUCUCAUUUCUCCUGUGGACUAUUUCAAGUUUGAGGAAGACGAUGAAGAUGACAGUGACGGUGAAGGAAGGGACUCAUUCGUAGAGAAUGUUGAGUUCGAACCUCCCAGAGUACAGGAGCUCAUCGACCCAUCUCUUAGUAACUGGGUACAUCACGUGCAGCAUAUUCUACCACAGGGAAGAUGUGUCUGGGUCAACCCUACCGUCAAAACUGAAACUGAGGACUUUGAAGACGAAGAAGAGGAGGAAGAGAGAGAAGAGCCGGAUGAGCCGGUCCCCGAACAUGGACCUCCUCUGCUGAACCCAAUAUCCGAGGAUAGUGAGGUAGACAGUAUGCCUGCCUGGUCCGCUGGGUUAACCUCAAACCUCGUGCCUCAAUACGCUGCUGCUGUCCUGAGGUCUAACCUCUGGCCUGGUGCUUGCGUAUUCGGACUGGACAAGAAGUUCGAGAACUUGUAUAUUGGUUGGGGACACAAAUACACAGCUGAGAACUACAGUCCACCUGCCCCUGCUGCCACUCAAGAGGAAUACCCAAGUGGAGCUGAGGUAACUGAAGUGCCAGACCCAACAGUGGACGAGGAGAGAGCACUCCAGGCUGUCCAACAGGAGCAGCUAGACAGAGAGGCUGAGGAGGCAGAGAUGGAGGAGGAUGAUGAGGAUGAGGAUUAGAUCAGAAGGACCUAGGAUAGAACCUUGCGGGACUACGUAUCAUGACGCUGAGCUGAGACUUUCUGUGAUGGCUCUGUCAUCUACUUUUGAGAAGGGUGAUGUUGUGCAGGGCACUGGAGAGAGGCCUGGUUUAAGUUCAGAUGCAUUUUUAGAUAAUUUAUUACAUUAUUUUGCUCUGUUUGGUCGUUGAAGACGAUUUUAUUGGCAACUGCCUUAUUUUGCGAAAUUUUAGCAUUUACCUUCCACUUCCAAUGUGCUUCUCAGUCGUGAUUGAUAACAUUUUAACGAGCUCAGAUUUACAACUUAAAUACAAGAAAGAUGCUCUUAUAUCCACACGAUGCUGUACAGAGUAUAUAUUUUGUAAAUAAUAUUUUGAAUAUUUGUGUGAAACAA